UACGGCCGUUACGUCGGUUCUCUCGCCGGCCGAACCUUACAUCCCGCGCAAUGUGAAAAAUGACUUGAAUUUCCGUUGACUACCAACACCUUUCGGGAUUUUCGGAAUUCUCUUCAAAAUUUACAAGUGAAACCCGAGAGUAAAAUUAAAAAAAAAAAAACCUUCAAAAUUAAGCUUAGUAUCCAAAUUUUCCAAGAUUAAAAGUGUUUCUGACAGGUGAGUGAUCGAGUGCCGAGGUUAGUUUCUGCACAAGUUCGGAAGUAUCAUAAUUUGAGGUAGCGCCACCAAUGGUGAACAACCGACCCCCGCAAUAGAAUGCCCUCGAUGAAUCAAUCGCAGAGUUGCAAGCAGUGCAAGGAACCCCCCCAGUGCCAGCAAAAGUGUCAGCAGCAGCCCCAACCGCGGUGCAUACAGUCCCAGCCCAAGUGCCAGAAACCUCAACCGCGGUGUAUCCAGUCCCAGCCCGCGUGUCCGAAACAAUCUCUUCCGCGGUGUAUACAGGCCCAGCCCAAGUGCCAGAAACCGAAGUGCCAACAGUCUCAGCCGAGGUGCCAGCAGUCACAGCCAAAGUGCCAGCAGUCCCAGCCAAAGUGCCAGCAGUCCCAGCCGCGGUGCGAGGAGGAUGCUGACGACGCUGCCGCGUGCUGCCCGAGCAAGGGAUCGGCCCGAGGGUGCCCGGCCCCGUUCGGCCACGAGCGAGGGCGGAAGUGCGGAGCGGCGCCCUGCAGGGCGCGGACGGGCGGCUGCGGCGCCCCCCGCAACCCCUGCUGCCCGUCCCCGGCCAGACCCUCCUCCCUCCGGGUCAACAGGGCCGCUCAACUCUGCCUCCCCGGGGGUAGAUCUCGGCUCUGUCUCACUAGACCCACCUGCAACCGGAUGACCGGACAAGACGGUUGUAACCUGAUUCCCCGAUACAUGAAGCUGUUCGGCAAAACGAAAAGGUCGAUUAUGAAGAGGAGAGGUAGCAACUGUAGCUUGUGUUACGAUUGUCCCCACCUUGAGAGUUUGACAUCUGGUGGUCAAUGUGGUUGUGGUUGUGGCAAUACCGAUGAUCUCUGGGCUGUUCAGUCCUCUGAAAAUAUUCUUCCAGCAGGUCACGGUGGUCAUAGAAGCCAAAGUGGCCAUAGAGGUCAAAGUGGUCAUGGAGGUCAAAAUGGUCAUAGUGGUCAUGGUGGUCAAAAUGGUCAUAGUGGUCAUGGUGGUCAAAGUGGUCAUAUUGGUUGUCGAUGUGGAAACGCUGAUGAUUUAUGGGCCGUUGAGUCUCGCGAAAAUAUCAGCGCCGUUAGCCCCGGCAAGGCAACCAAUCGGAGCACCGGAAUGUUGGAAAUUGUCUCGCAAAUACUGGACGGCGUGCCUGCAGAACUUUUUUUCCUCGGUCUGAUGAAAGCAAAAGCUAGGCAUCUUAAAGGAAGAAAUCCAUGUGAAAAUCUUUAAGUAGCAGUGUCGUUUGCUGUGUUACUUCCUUAAAAAAUGGAUGAAUGAAAACCAAGGAGUCUGCAAUGGCCCGAGCAGGGACCAGUUGUUCCGUUGCUGCCCCAAACCUCGACUCAAACCCCCUCCGUCUCCAAUCUCCUGCGAUGCACUCUGCUGUAACCCCUGCAAGUUCAAUUCCCAGAUGAGGGGCAAAAAGAAAAAGUGCCGCCAAGCGCCAUCGUGUUCCGACUGCGCCUGCAACUCCACGAAUAGAUAACCCGCCAACGAGACCUUCAGACUUUACCGGAAAAGCUGUUAAGACGACGAGAAGUUCGAAAAUCGACUUUUGAGGAGGAUAUAAAUAUUUAUUUUGAUCAUGAUCAGUGUUGAAUGGCAGAAAUACUAAUACUAUGAGCACCAUUUGGACUACAUUUUACAGUGAGUCAGUUGCGCUGCGAGGAAAGUUGCAGUUUGGACAGAUCUUGUUUCUUUCGGCUGAUCCACAAGAAUCAAGCAUCAAAACACAAUUCUAGACUGAAA